AUGUCACCUCCCUCUACCUCACCCUCCAGACAAGCCCACGUUUACACGUGCGACAGCGAGCCUCAAAGCACGACAACCACGCUAGAAUUCUUCCGCCUACGAGCUCAUACGAGUCCUGCCAAAGUAAUUCAGAAGCUGCGAAAUGCUCCAGCGACAGCCUCACAGCCCAUCAUGAGCAACCACCAACCCCCCAACACCGUGGCGCCAACGCCUGCACCAAGUGGCAGCAAAGACCCUGGUCUGCGAUACCCCAGCAAUGGAAAGAAUAUCUACAGUCGCCCGUUGAAUAGGACCAAGACGGCUGAGCUGAGCCAGGCGAGCUUUGCGUAUCUGUUUGGCGAGAUGGUGACGUAUGCGCAGAGAAGGGUCAAGGGCAUUCAGGAGCUUGAACAGCGACUUAAUCUCCAAGGCCACUCUAUCGGCCUGAAACUCCUCGAUCUUCUCCUCUUCCGCGAACCAGCGCGUACGCAGACUCGACCACUAAGCAUCAUUGCCCUCCUCCACUUCAUAAAGCAAAAUAUCUGGCAGCACCUGUUCGGCCGUCAAGCAGACCGACUCGAGAAAUCUGCCAACCCCGAGACACCAGACGAAUACAUGAUCAUCGAUAACGAACCUCUCGUGAACCAAUACAUCAGCGUGCCCAAAGAAAUGAGCCAGCUCAACUGCGCUGCCUACGUAGCCGGUAUUGUGGAAGGUGUCUGUGACGGAGCUGAUUUCCCAGCGAGAGUUACAGCGCACACGGUUGCAGAAGGUGAUAUGUGGCCUGGCAAGACGGUCUUUCUCGUCAAGUUUAGACCGGAGGUGUUGGAGAGGGAGGGAUUCUUGGGGAAGAAUUAA